AUGCAUCCCAAUAACAAUAGUGAUCCUAAACAAGCUCCACAAGCAGCAGCAUAUGCCGGUUAUCAGCAACAGGCAGCACCAGCAGCAUACGGUGGUUAUCAACAACAGGCGGCACCUCCACACGCAGCAGCAGCAUAUGGCUAUCAACAGGGGCCGCCUCAAUGGACGACAGGUCUAUGUGGUUGCUUUGAAGAUCCUUCCAAUUGUUUGAUGACCUGCUGCUGUCCCUGCGUAACCUUUGGCCAAAAUGCUGAGAUCAUUGAUAAGGGAACAACGUCUUGUGCUUUUGCGGGUUUAAUCUAUCAUGCUCUUUCCUAUGUGGGGUGUUCUUGUUUGUUCUCGUUCCCCUAUCGAUCCAAACUGAGAGGCCUAUAUUCAUUGCCGGAAGAUCCAUGUGUAGACUGUUGUGUCCAUUGUUUGCUUCCCACUUGUGCUAUUUGUCAAGAGUACAGGGAGCUCAAAAACCGUGGACAAGACCCCUCCAUAGGUUGGAUCGCCAAUGCGCAGAGAAUGAACCAAGGUCAAGCUGGAAACCCUGCACCUCCAUACAUCACGCCAGGCAUGUCUCGUUAG